GAACAGCCUGGCAGGUCACAUGACACUCAGUCUUAUGGUUCAGGCAGCAACAGCGCUUCACGAGCAGGGCUAGCUGUUAGCUUCAGCUGUUAGCUUCAGCUGUCUACAGGCAGCAUCAGUGCGGGUUUCACGGAGCAGGGCUAGCUGUUAGCUUUAGCUGUUAGCUUCAGCUGUCUACACGGGCGAGAUGAGUUUCCUUGGGGGUUUGUUUGGACCGGUUUGUGAGAUUGAUGUACUUCUGAAUGAUGCGGAAAACAGAAAGACAGCUGAGUUGAAGACUGAAGAUGGCAAAGUGGAGAAACAUUACCUGUUCUACGAUGGGGAGUCUGUAUCUGGGAAGGUGAACCUCAAUGUAAAGCAGGGAGGAAAACGCCUCGAGCACCAAGGCAUACGUAUAGAGUUUGUUGGACAGAUAGAGCUUUUUUCUGAUAAAAGCAACACACAUGAAUUCGUGGACCUGGUGAAAGAAUUGGCCCUACCUGGAGAACUGACGCAGAAUCGGAGUUAUGACUUUGAGUUUAUGCAGGUUGAGAAGCCCUAUGAGUCCUACACAGGAGCUAAUGUCAGGCUAAGGUAUUUUCUCAGGGUGACCAUAGUCCGCCGCCUUUCCGACCUAGUCAAGGAGUAUGAGCUUAUUGUCCACCAGUUAGCCACGUACCCAGAUGUCAACAACUCAAUUAAAAUGGAGGUCGGCAUUGAGGACUGUCUGCACAUUGAGUUUGAAUACAAUAAAUCCAAAUACCACUUAAAGGAUGUGAUUGUGGGGAAGAUCUACUUUCUGCUGGUCAGAAUUAAGAUCCAACACAUGGAGCUACAGCUCAUUAAGAAAGAAAUAACUGGCAUAGGACCCAGUACUACCACUGAGACUGAAACUGUUGCUAAAUACGAGAUAAUGGACGGUGCUCCAGUAAAAGGAGAGUCAAUCCCCAUCAGACUGUUUCUUGCAGGAUAUGACCUGACGCCCACUAUGAGGGACGUGAACAAGAAAUUUUCUGUACGAUACUUUCUCAAUCUUGUCCUAGUGGAUGAAGAGGAUAGAAGAUAUUUCAAACAACAGGAAAUUGUUUUGUGGAGAAAAGCUCCAGAGAAGUUGAGGAAGAGAAACUUCCACCAGCGUUAUGAAUCUCCUGAACCCAGGACCCAACCAGUUACUGCAGAGCAGCCAGAGAUGUGAAGCUAAAGAGACUAAAGCUACACAAAGACUUUCUACCUGGCAGCCAGGCUGUAAGGGCUGCCUGUCUCUAAGGACUAAGAAGAUGGCUGUAUACAUGAAACCCAGAGACACAGGUCCCACCACCUCACAGCUGCUGUUGUAAGCUCUGGCUCGUCCUUAACUUUAUUUUGUCUUUUCCUAGUGACUGAAUGACUUUGCAAAAUUGAAAUGCUAAAUUACAAAGCAUUAAUCAUUACCAUCUAUGCUCUGAAAAGUGUCCACUGUAUACAGCUAAAGAGAGAACCAUUCUGAAUGCUUUCAAGCAGGGGGCCUUCAUGUGAGUGUAUAUUUCUGCUGCCUCUGGAUCUCAUCGUGUUUUCAUAAUGGUUCAAAUAUCUCUGGCAUCCAUCCUCCUUCUCCCCUCCCAGUAAUCGAGUUUGUUUGGUAUAUUGGACAAGGCUGAAAUUAAGGAUGGUUGUAAGAGAUCAGAUAAAUAGAUACAAUAAAAAAGUAAGUACAUUUCACUUGUCUUAAAUGUACUAGUUGAGCAUAUGAGGAAGCCCCCACCUGUUCAACUUAUUCAACGGCUAGUAUGAUUUCUUUAAAACAACUUUUUUGUUCAAAUUGUGUCACAUUGUGUUUAGAAUAUCUUAUACACAAUAGACUUUUGAAAUUACUGUUUGAUGAUUUAUUUUCACUGAUCUUCGCAGGGUUUUUUGAGAGAAGUACUUUUUAUAUGAAUAUAAUUACAGUCUUCCAACACUAACAGAAAAAGUCAAAACACUAGACUAUACACUUAUCUACAAAAAAAUGACAUGUGUUUUCCAGAUUAUGAAAAUAAUAAUAAUGGCUACACAACUGUUCUUGACAACCAAAACAGUUUUAUCUUAAAUUAAUUCAGAAUAGUAAAGUUAACGGUUAUAUGUAAGUACAUUCUCAUUGGCCCAGCAGGAUAUUAGAAAGAAUACAGUCCUCUAUGGACAAACUGUGAUGCAUCCAUCUUUCUUUUUUUAAAAGCAUGAGUUGCUGUACACCAGUCUGAUUGGAUUUAUAAGUUAUGUAUGUGUAAUAAAAAUGGCUUACACCUGCCAUUAUCUGCACUCAACUUGACUUAAGUAAAGUCCCAAAAAGGUGCCACUGUGAACUCCAAAUGGGCACUUUAUGUCCUGCUUUAAAGAUGCACGCACACUGUUGAAGUCACUGAACUCUUGUGUGAAGUAAUGCUGAGCUGAUUCUUUUGCAUUUUCCAACUGUUAAAACUGUAAGUAAAGGAGAGUCAUUAAAGACACACCAAUAUAUAUAUAUACACUUAACAUUUGUCUCUUUGCACCUUAUUCGUACCACAAUUACUUAUUUCAUAUUUAUUACUAAAUGCUAAGAAAACAGAAUGUAUUUGUAACUUUGCAUUAUUCUUGUCAUUAGCAAUUUUGUUUUUUGUCCCACAUUAAAAUGCCAAAAAUCUCAGCUCAGCAGAUUAUUCUAUUGCAUGUAAACCAGCCAUGUCAAAUCAAACCAUGAGUGUGCAUUUGUGUAUAAUAAAUGUAUAUAAAUAAAAUCCAAACAAUAUAGAUAAAUGAAAUCAUCAAUAAAUGCAAUUUAUACUAA